AUGGAAAUUGAGACGGCUGCUAAAAGGGUAUUUCUUAUAACAGAUUCCUGCUAUGUUUCAUGAGCUGAUACAAUUACUGUAAUUAUUUAUUCAUUUGUUCAUUUAUGUGGCUACCACCUUAGAUACCAGAAGCCUUUCAUAUGCACUCCUUUUAUGUCCGUUUCAUUUACAUCAGGGGUGGGGAUCCUUUUGGCCUGGCCAGCCAGAUUUUUAGCUUCUCUACCCUCAUCAGCUGGGUUCAGGCAUGCUGGCUUGAGUUCAGGCACACUCAAACCCUACACAAAGCAUGAUUGAAUCCCCUGUGCAACUGUGUUUACCUCCCCCACACCUGAUUGCAUAUAUAUGAUUGUAGCAUGAGGCAGGUGGCCAGGGUUUCUGAAAAACAGCCCCAUAGGCCAAAUGGGAAGGCCCAAGUUUGGCCUACAAACUGGAGGUUCCCCACUACAUCCUGUAGUUCCCUGUCAGAAUGGCUUAUGCUGGGCUUCCAGGCCUUUCCACACAUUGUCCAUUCUAGCUUUUAUACAGCAGAGGGGCCAGGGGAAAGCAUGAUGGUAAUAGUUUGAGAAUCUCAAAUGCAAGUUGCAGAUGCCUUUGUUAACAUGAAUGAAGUGAAGGCUUAUUAUUUAUCAAAAUCUCAACUGCUUUCUUCAGGAAAGCAGUGCAGAAUUGUGUGAGUUUUCUUCACUAUACUGUACUGAAAACAAUGGCUUACAGCUAAUUUAGACCCAUUGAUUUAAGUGGAUCUACUCUGAUUGGGUUGUGUCCAAUCAAGCUCUAGUCUGCUUAAGGGUUCUUUGAAACCUAUUCUCUCUUAAAGAAAACACAGUUACCUAGUCUAUCCACUUAGGUUAAUUGGCUCUCAGCUCCUAAUUCAAUGAAUUUAUUUGUUCUUGGUUCAAGUUCUUUUGCUGAAAAUUUGUAGAUACAUGGAUAAUUUUUUUAACAGCUUAAGGAAGAGUGCUGUGUUACUUCAAAGCUUACAUUCUGCACCAUGAAUAUGAAUUCACAUCAGUUGAUUGGAUGUUGUUGUAAAACCUGUUUGUAAGUAGUUGCAAACUGGUACAAAGUUUUUUACUUGUUUUGUUUUUGUUUUCUAAACCUCAAAACUUGAACAGUGGCAGAUCCUGAAAAAAACAAGGAAACGAAAAUAUGCUGCAAGGAGGAGAAAAAGACAUACAAAAAUUAGUGCCCUAUUAAUUUCAUCGAGAGAGCUUAACAUGUGUUUAAAUAUUUUCUGCUGGAAAGUGCUUGACUGGCUAGAUCACGUUCAUGAUGUUUGGAAAGACACUUACUCUCACAAUAGGUUUUAAUGGGGAAUCACAGCAGUUCUGCUCUACCAUAAUUGUAAAUACUGCCUAGUAAAAAAUAAAUUAGUACCUGCAUUUAAUAAAGGGAGGACAUACUUAAAUACCUUUCAGCAAAGGAAUUUAUUCCAGCUAAUAUUAAGCCAAAUCAUACUGCUUUCAGUUUUUCUUGAAUAAUUGUGGCCUGAUGUUGUAGUUUAACUUCAUAGCCUUGUUAAGUAAGUGUACCUCUCUCAACUUUUAGGAAGAAACCACAGCUGUCAUCCAUGGUGUUGCCACUGUAGUUACUACUUCCAUACCCACAGUAGAUGAAAAUGUAAACAUCAAAGCUCUUUUAGAAUGUGCACUGAUAUUAAAUGGUAUGUAUUUCAGUUGAUCUCAGCAUACUAGGAUCUUUGGUAUAUUGAUAGUGCUAAACAUCCUUUGUGUGAACAAGCAAAUAUUUAAAACAAAAGGAAUGCCACUUCUGGGAGUGGAAGUAAUUUAAACCUACUGACUUAUGGCUUUCUUCAUACAAUUGCAUGUACCUUGAACAUUUAAAACCCAUCUUUUCUUUAGCUAUUAUUGUUUCUUUAUGGCAUAUUUUGAAAACCACAUUACAUGUCAUAUAACCACUUAUCUCAUAACAGAUUCACUGGUUUGCAUAGCAACAAAGUAAUAAUAUAAAAUGUUGGUGUAAAUAUUGUAUCUGUUGAUAUGUUUAUAGCUUAGCAAGUGGGUGUAAGUGCUUUACAAGCUUCAAGUACUCUUGAUGUGGGUUUCAGACUGUAAAAUGACUGGAAUGAACUUACUGAAACAAAACUAUAACCUUGGUCAUACCACAAAUUCAUCCAAAGCUAGUUCUUAAACCUAAGUGUGGUCCAUCCCCUGUUUAGUCAUACGCACCUCAUAGGAACCACUGUAUUUCUUGCCUAACCUGGAAUGAGAGUACACUGUGGUGGGAGAGCGGAGGGUCUCCCCUUUGCCCGUACUAUCAUCCCGACCAGAAUGGUCCCUCCCCCAUAAUCCAUUCACCAUAGAGCGCGCCUACUGGGACCAAUAUAAGCUUUUAUGCCACUGCAAAUAUGAGGCACCUACCUCCCCUGAUUCUCAGUGGGACCACAGGAGAAAUAGUUAAAGCCACCCAGACUAUGGACCCAAUCCAAUUUGGGUCCCCUGGUUUACCUGUUUGUUUGUGGUUAACUGUGCUCCUAAGGUCACAUUAAAUUUUCCUAAGAAAUUUAAAUGACAAAGAUAGAGUUACUGAGUCUGGCAGUAAAACAAUUUUUUCAAAAGACAGCUGUCUUGUGACUGGCAUUUUGGACAGCAAGAUAAGAAAAUCAGCUUUGAGUUAUGUUUCUUGAAGCAUUUUAAGAUUGCUAGCGGUCUCUUUUUGACACAUAAAUUUAAUUGUGCUUGCUAUGAUUUUGUUGCAGGCAUUCUUUACACAUUACCUGACUCUGAAAAAUCUCUGCUGGGAGCCAUCCAGUGCCUAUGUGAGCGAUGGUGGGAGAAGGGACUUCAAAGAAAAGAAGUGUUUGGGAAAAGUGCUCUCAUCAUGCUUCUGAAAAAGAGUCUUGAAAAGAAAAUUGUUGUGGUAUGCUUUAAUUAAUGAGUUAAGUCAUGUUUAUAUACACUGGGGGCUGCCACCCCUGCUCGCUCCACUUGCCGUCCCCAGCUACUCACACCACACUUCCCUGCCCCCUUGAAGUACCUUCAGACCCAAACAUGCCCCCUAAGAUGCAUGCCAAUGUUUAAUUUAACCUUUCACUAUGUCCAUGCUAAAGCUUCAGGAUAGCUUCCCCACUCUGUAUGUCAGGGCUAUCCAGAAACAGCUUUACCCUUCUGCCCAUUCUUCCAGGCUACUCAAGAGAAGAUCAUACUUUAAUAGGCUGCAUUAAUCCAGAUCACCUAUCUCAGCUGGAAAUGGGUAGGAUGGAUCAGUGUUGGGUGGCCUUUGCAAGCCUUCCCACUCUCCCCCUGUCACUGCUGCCAUAGAGAGCCAGAGAAGUAUGGUUGUAUAUUUCCUCCCAUCUCCUGCAGGAACCAGUAGCAGUGAUGGGGACAGCGGAAAGGCUUGCAAAGCCUGUCCCACACUGAUCCAUAUGCCCACACUUACUUCCUACUCACCUGAGGCUGCUUGUCUACUGAAACAACUCCCCAGCAACCAUCUACUAGGUUCCCACUUUGUUCCUCCUUGGCCUCUGACACUGCUGAAACUAAAAGAGUGAUGUCAGUGUCGGGUGCAUGGCAACAGGAAAGUAGGGCAGUAGCUGAGGACCUGUCCUGGCUGUUCUUUUGCAGCUUGUCUGGGCCUCCCACUACCCAUGCCAUUUGCUCACUUGCUCAUCUGCCUGCCUGUUUUUCUUUCCCACAUUUCAGUUUGUGUGGCCACCAGUACACGACCAUGUGAACUGCAGCAUGGCAACAUUUUUUGCAACAUCUUGCAAAAAUAUUAGAGAGUAAGAAACUUGUAAUUAAUUUGUGCUUGAGCUAAUUGAUACUGUAAACUCCAGUACUUUGGUGCAUAUCGCAUGACUGAAAGAUAUCUCUCACCUCAUAAUCCUCACACACAAAUGCAAUUGUGAUCUUCCCUAGGGUGUGGAUAUAGUCCGUCUAUGGCAUCUUCACCGGGCUUUACUGUGUUUUGAUUAUGACUCGGAGGAGAGUAAUGAAGUGAAAGAUUUGUUACUCCGGUGCUUUAUGAGUAUUGGCCAUAUUAAAAAAGAAGAGGUAAGUGUGCUUUUUCUAAAUAUAUCUUCUCACUGUUUUAAAAUUAUUGGGUGAUAAGUUGAUGCCUACAAAAAAUAAAACAAGUCUUAGGGAGGGGGAGCAUAGAAUUUAUAUUUCUCACAAGGUAUGUAUGUUCAGCAACCUGAUGAAUGCAGGAUAUCUACUUGCCUUCUACCUCAUUCUUUGAAGAAAAUAGUUAAGACCUUGUUUUGAUUUGCGGGGGGUGGGGUGGAUUCUUUUGCUUGUUUGGCUACAGAUGUACUGGGUUUUGGAAGGGUUUUUCUGGUCAAAAAUACUGGAGAAGUGGACCUGUCACCCUCCAUAUGUUAUUGGCCUCCAGCUCCCAUCAGCUGAUGGCUAAAGUCCAAAACCAUCUGGAGGGCUGCAGGUUUCUUACCCCAGGAUUACUUAUGCUGUGUGUGGGUUUUGUUGCUUUUAAAGAACUUGGUUUCAAUUGUGUGUUAUGCUGCUGUAAUAUAUUAAGUAUUUUGUUAGCUGACUUGAAUACAUGUUGUGCAGUGCAAUCCCAUCAAUGAUUACUCAGAAGUUGUCUUCUUUUCAAAGAAUCUUGCUGUCAGGAAAGUGAGAAUGUAGUAUAUUAUAGCCGUAAACCCUAUGAAUGUCAUAUUACUUAGUUGUGAAUAUUAAAAAGCCCAUUUGGCUAUUUGUGAAGUUGCCUUGCCUAACGUCUCUUUCAGGGGAGAAGAUUCCUGAGUUUUCUUUUCACAUGGAACGUGAACUUCAUUAAAAUGAUACAUGGGACUGUUAAAAAUCAGCUGUUGUGUUUUCCUAGGUAUGUUGAACUGAAGGCACUUGCUACCACUUUGUUUUAUGCUUGUGGUCAUGGCCAUACCCAAUACCCCAAAAUGUGUAUAGGUAGAUAAUAUAGUGGGGCCAUAAAACUAUUAGGGAAAAUACAUUCAUAUCCUAAGACAUCAUUAUAUAUAAGUGCCAGGCAAAAACUAUCUUCUCUAACCAGACCUUUGCCUAUCUAUGGCCUUUUAGAAGGGGGUGGGAUGUUUUAAAUGUAUGUCUCUGUUUGCUCUCUGUUUUAAUGUAUCUAUGUGGGCUUUUUUGUUCAUUUAAUGAUUGUAUAUUGUUCUGGGUUGCGCUGGGCAAGAUAAAGAUAAGAAUAAGAAUAAUAAGGAUUCAGUUUCUUAUAGAAUAUCUGCCUCUGUCCAUUACAAGAAGGUUUCAGAACCCUUUGCCUGUUGUAGCUUAUUAGCAUGGCCAGAUUAGGGCUGAGUGAAUUGUGGAGGUAAUAAAUGCCUCUUGAAGCUAUGUUCUCAACAGUUAUUUUGUGAGGUCUGUUCUAAAGGAACCAUCACUUGAACCAACUGAUCUUGGUUGUGCAGUCUUGACUCAGAGUGCAUGGUGACAUUGUGACAACUUAACUCAAAAUAGUUACUAGCCCUAGACUGUUUCCUAAUCUUAAUUAUAUCUUCAUUUACUAAUGUAGGUCCCUGAUGACACACAUUGCUGAGGUUUAUUUCAGAGCCUGGAAGAAGGCUUCAGGGAAUGUACUGGAGGUAUAUUGUUUCAAAGUUGCUACUUGUCUUUGCUCUUAAAUGUGUUGGCACUCUAAAUCUUGAAGCCAGUGUAGGUAGAGGCAACCAGAUUGUGUACAUAUCACAACCACAAGCAAGCGAGGUGAAAGGCCACCUUUACUUAGCAGAAAGAUCCGUUGUAAAUAAGAGCACUGAUACUGACAUAUCCAAGAGGUGUAUGGAUCUUCUAUGCUAAAUACAGUGGUACCUCAGGUUAGAGACGCUUCAGGUUACCGACUCCGCUAACCCAGAAAUAGUACCUCGAGUUAAGGACUUUGCUUCAGGAUGAAAACAGAAAUUGCAUGGUGGCGGUGCGGCGGCAGCGGGAGGCCCCAUUAGCUAAAGUGGUACCUCAGGUUAAGAACAGUUUCAGGUUAAGAAUGGACCUCCGGAACGAAUUAAGUUCUUAACCUGAGGUACCACUGUAGUCUUUCUUUGUGGGGGAACAGUUAUUUUCAGGAGGACUAAUACAGCAUUCAUUAUCUUCACUAGACAAUUCACGUGAAGACUCAGUGGCCUAAGCUCUAUUUGCAUUAGCUCCAUUCACAGGCAGCUGGCAGUUGGAUGGCACUACUUCUGCAGGGAGCAAGACACUGGGAAACUAGGCUCUUGUCAAUACAGCUCAAGAUGCCAAACCACAAUAGCAUUAAACAAUUAUAACAAAAAAAUAGGCCAUCAGAAUAAAAAUACAGAAAAUAUAAGCCGCCAAUUAAAAAACAGCUUGAUCAAACAGCCUCCAGCAAUUUGAAACAAUUCAGUAAGUAGGAGAGAUUAAAAACCACUUUUGAUUCCCAAAGCCUUCCUGUAAAGAACGUUUUGGCAACCUGACUGAAAACUGUUAAAUUGAGGUCCAGGCAAGCCUCCCAUAGGAGCGAGUGCCAGAGUGCAGGUGCAGCCACAAGAAAGUCACUCUGCUUGGUCCCUACUAAAUGUACUUCUGGAUCUAGGACACAUAGGAUGGUCUCUGUUGAAGAUCUUGGUAGGCAGUUGGUCCUGUGCAGGAGAAAGCAUGUCCUUCAGAUAUACUGGCCUCAAACUGUAAUGGGUUUUGAAGACAACACAGGCAUUUAGAAUUUGGCUCAGAGACAAGUUAGAAGUCAAGUGCAGUUGCUUCAAUAACUUAGCCCUAAUUUUUCACAUUGAUGAGGAUGUGUAUUUGUUCUUAUUUUAGGUGAUUGAACAUACUUGCAUUCAGGAUUUCAUGCAUCAUGCAAUUCACCUCCCCAGGAACUCUCCAUUAAACUCUAAAGUGCGAGAGGUGCGUUGAUGUUCAUGUUUUCAGAAUUCCUAUCUUUUCCCUUUCCACACUUUUGCCUUGCAGGGUGAUCCCCCAGAACACAUAUUGUUCUCUCCUGAAGCUGUUCACAGCAAGAGAACACUUUAGAAAAACUUCUCCAGCAUUGAGGAACCCAGUAAUUAACAAUAAUAUUUGUUUUGUGCGUUUAUAUUCUGCCUUUCCUAGAAGGAGCUCAAGGCAGCAUGCAUAGUUCUACCCUCUCAUACUCACAACAUCCAUGUAAAGUAGAUUAGGCAUAGAGAGCUCUUGAUUCACAAAUGAUUAUACACUGGUUUAUAAGCCAUGGGAUGAUGGUGCAAAUCCUCCUGUUGCAACUGGCCUAUUACUUGCUGAGCCUCAUGGCUGAGUGAGAAUUUGAAUCUAGGUUUCCCCAGUCCUAGUCUAGCCCUCUGACCCAGAGCUUUCCAAACGGUGUGUCACAACACAAUAGUGUGUCAGCUGCAGUGUGCAGGUGUGUCACGCAAAUGCUCCUCCUGGGGCUGGAAAGGGGUUAGUUAAACUCUGGUUUGCUAGUAAAACUGCAUUACUGUGUUGCAAAAUGAUGCAUGUUUAAAAAGUGUGUCACCACUCUGCUCUAAUCAUACAAUAACAAAUGAUUUAAUUUGAAAAGUAUCUGUUCCAGUUGUUAUUGUGUGUCACAAAAGUUUGACUCUCAGCAUUGUUACUUUUUCUGAAACCUCAGUUUAACCUUAACCAGACUACUCUGGGGGUGGUGAAUAGGAUCCAGUUGGCAGGCCAGAUCCUGAACUUGCCCACUCUUGGAUGGGCCCUUUUUGAUGGGUACAUGGGGCUGCCCACUAGUACAUCACCUGCCAUCACUAUGAUGGGAGGCAGGGUUGCUCCUAAAUGAGCAUUUAAUUCCUAUUGGGUACAGUACAUACAAAUAGUUGUGUGGUUCUUUUGCUCUAUCAGUAGCUAAUUGAAAUGUCUACACUCUUCAUUCUUUCCAAUAUUCAUGAGUAUCAUGUGGUCAAAGCAUCUUCAUAAGGAGAACACUUUUUAAGCAUAGCAUAUAACAUUGGUAACCAAUGGUGCUCUCCAAAUGUUGGAGUCCUAUCACUUCCAACUAGUAUGACCAGUGGUCAAGGAUGAUAGGAAUUGUAGUCCUGCAUCUGGAGGGCAUCACACUGGCUAUCCCUAGCAUAUAAGGUCAUCUAUGGUUGUCUGCUUACACAAACCACAGGAAUUCUUAUUUUUGCAAAAGCUAAUCACUGGAUAAAAGGAGUUGUAUUUCUCAAAUAGCCCAUGAAAUGAAAUGACUAACUUCCUGCAUCCUUUGCAUUUAUUUUCAUUUUGUCAGUUGCUGAUCUAUUUCCACAAACAAAACAAAUGUCGCCAGGGAGUUGAAGAAGUUGUUUAUAGACUUUAUCAACCAAUUCUUUGGAGAGCAUUGAAGGUAAUUGUUUAAAAUGUUACCUAUCAUCUUUGCGGAUAUUUUUACAUCAAGAUUGUUGAAAAGGAGUUGAAAAAUAAUUGGACCUUUUUUAAGGUAGCUUCCAAUAUUCUUCUGUGUUGUACGUCACCACUAGCCAAGCCUAGUCAAGCAUCGAUCUGACAAAAUAGAUAGUGCAUACUCUCUUCUGUGCCAAGUACCACUACAAAGCUGCUCUCGGUUAAGAAGGGGGUCUUCCUGUAAAAAAAGGUUUCAACUUGUUUUGCAUAGGGUGGCACUCCCCUUCAUGAAGUGGAGAUCCUCCAGAAUCUGGCUUUGCUUCUGAGUUUGAGUAUAAUUUUAUUUUUGCUUUGUGAGUCACCCAGAUAACUUUUGUUUUGGUGUGGCUGUAUGAAAGUCGUAAGAAAGCAAAUAAUAAAUAAAAUAUAAAGUUAAUGAAGAAGAAGAGGAGGAAGAAGAAGUUCAGAUAAUGGCUGUGGAUGGGUUUGCUUUUGCCCAGGUCCAGCUGAUGCACCUUUUUACUUUUUUACAAGAGUAUAUGAUGGCUUUUACCUUGACGUGGAACCACAGAGAGCUCUGCUUCUGAAGAACUAGCUCUUUGCACGUAUUUGUUAAGCACUAUUGUGCUGAUAAAUGCGCCAUCAGGUGCCUGCUAGCUUAGAAGCAGCUAGCUUAUUUAGCCCUAAUAAGUAAGAUCCCUUGCCUGCUGCUGUGUGGAAAGGGAAGAAAAGUCUAGUGUAGUUGCCAUUUACUUAAAGGUCUGAAACGGAAUUAUAUUUUUAUAAUCUCAUUGAGUGGAGAAAAUUGAGGUAAAAUGGAAGCAAAAGCUUCUGAACAGCUUGUCCUGGCUGUGUUGGAGGCAGGUUGGAAAUAAGCCCGAGGCUUUCGUAGGCUCAUUCUUCUAAGGUUAAACUAUUGUUUAUAGUUGAAUUCAAAUGGGACCAUUAACACUGCUGCGGGUUCACACCUUAAACUCACUGUGCACCCUUGCUUUUAACACAGGACAAUGAUUUAGGCAUUAAGGAUUUGCUUUGUCCAUGGUUUAUAUAACUAUCAUUUACUUGACUAUUUUCCUGCUUUGUAACAGGCCAGAAACUCGGAAGUCCGAUCAAAUGCAGCAUUGCUAUUUGUUGAUGCAUUUCCAAUUCUUGAUCCAUCUUUUAAUAAAGAAGAUAUGGAAAACGAAAUCCAAAGGCAAUUUGAUGAGCUCUUUGUAAGUCUACUGUGUGUUUCUCUCCCCACCCUCCAUCAAGCUAGUUUUAUUUAAGGUUAGCAAAAAGUAAGGAAAUCCAUUUUGCUGGAAAAUUGGAGACAUCAGUGCUUUUUUAUUUUUACAAGUAGCUGUCUUGCUUUAUUUUGAACUUUUCAGCAUCAUAAUUACAAAGCAACCUAAAAGUAAAAACUGUGAAAACAUAGAUUCUUAUUAGGCUAGAUGAUAUGUCACUAUGAGAAUAGAGAAAGCCGAUUGCUUCUCUCUUCCUCUUCCCUUCAAUACUAAAAUAUAAUGUUAUUGUAUAAAUGUACAUACACAUUUAUUUGGAUCAUUGGCUCCCACAGAAACUUAAAUACUGUAAGAUUAAAAUAUACAUUGGUAAUGAACAUUUUAGAACAAGAAAUCACUGUAUUGAUGAAGACAUACUUUAAAGCCCAUAUAGGUGGAAAAUAUAGACAUGGAAGAACUCACUUAAGUGUUGCAUUUCUGAAAAUAUCUAAGGCAUCAUCCCUUGAUAAGGUCUCCUUCACAAACUGUCAAAUGUGAGCUGUCCAGCUACACAGAAAACUGGAUGGAAAUUGUGACUUAAUAUUCUUUAUUUCCCCCCUGUUUCUAGACUCUCUUAGGAGAUCCUCAACCUCUAGUCCGCUCAACAGGUGUGCUUGGUGUUAGUAAAAUAGCAUUCAAAUAUUGGGAGAUGAUUCCUGCAAAUGUGCUUGCUGAUCUCUUAAAAACUCUAAUUGAAGAUCUUUCUUUUGAUGCAACUUCAGCUGAUGUUAGAUGCUCUGUUUUUAAAGUAAGUGCCUUCACAACAAAAUGAAGUGUCUCUUCUUUUAGUGAUUAGUUUCUCCUUGGCUUGGUUCAAAUGUCACUUAGCACAGGUAAGCAUGACUAUGAUUUAAAGGUGAACACAUAGUGUGCUAGUGCACAAGGCUAAACUCACAGAUACUUGGUUUCUCUCCUUGCUGCUCCCAGAAACUAAGGCAUGGUUAGCAUUAGAGUUGCAUCCAAAUCCAGGCCUGCAAUUUCUUCUCCAAACUCAGAGGAGCAGGUUCUUAGCUUGGGGGUACUGCUUGAUUGACAUUGUCACUGCAGACAGGCCCAUGUGGCCUCAGUGGUAGCCAUUCCUGGAUCAGGAAUGACUUAGCCACAGUAACCCGUGUUCUCGUAACCUUACUUUUAGACCAUUUUAAUGUGCUCUACUUAGAACUACUUGUGAAGACAGUUAUUUGGGACAGAUGGAGGUUUUUGGGGUCAUUUUUGUUUGUUUUGUUGCUGUACUUUAGUGAUGGAUCGAUAUAAUUCUUUCCUAAAUGUUACAGCUGCAUAAUUUUAAUGUGCCAUUGAAUUUUUGUGGUUUUCAUUUGUGUUUCAUUGUGUCCAGGGAUCUUUCAAUGCAGGAUAGUUUAAAAAUUGAUUACGCACACUGUUUUGCUUUCAUUUUGCUUGCUGAAAAGGUUGGCUUUUCUCAAUGCGCAACUCAGAAAUGCGUUGAGUGGUUUUGGAGCGAUCUCUUCUUUUGUGGGCAAUUUGAUGCAAGGCACUGCCACUGAGCAGUGUGUAAAGGGGAGAUUGUGGGCAGGUUUGAAUUUCCUCUCGGAGCUCCCCCGCUCCACCUACCCCCACAACACACACUGCUCAGCUAUGUGGAGGAAGGCAGCUUGGCAGCCAGGAAAAAGUGGCCUGGGAAAAGGCAGGGCCCAGAGGAGAGGCUGCUGGGCUGAAGAGCAGGCUACAAGACAGUAGUUCCCAAGCUCUGCUUUAUAGCCAAUGCUAUUCCCUUUUAAAAAUAAGCUUUGAAAUAGUUGGCAUGCAAAGAUCAUGCUGCUGAUUAGUGAUGAGCUUGUUAAAACAGGGUACUUCUGAUUGGAAUGAGAACACAAUCUUAAUAACUAGAACAAUGCUGUAAUAGUAAAGUUCUCUAGAGCAGAAAUGUUUGCUAACCUAAUCAUACCUUAAAUUGGAAUAAAAACAUCAAUAGAUGUACCAAACCUUUUAAAUGCUUCUAUUCUGCAUAAAUAUAUUUGCUGUCUUUGUUCCAGUUCAGCAGCACAUCCCUAGAAGGAAUAUUAAUAGGACAAUUUUUAUAUGCACAACAUAUACCACUUUGCAUUUAAAUGGCAUGUUUUAAUAAAAUGUGUUUCCUUGCUUUUUGUCAUUCUCCAGAGCCAGUUCUCUAAGCUGCAUGUGGUUAGCAAUUAGAAUAGUUUCAGUUCUGUAUUCCCUGCUUUCUUGUGAUAACCUUUUAUUGGUCUUUUUCUUUUCUCUCUUGCAGUGCUUGCCUAUAAUUUUGGACAACGUACUAACCCACCCAUUAUUGGAACAGCUCCUGCCAGCCCUGAAAUACAAUCUCCAUGACAAUUCGGAGAAAGUUAGAGUGGCUUUCGUUGAUAUGUUGCUGAAAAUUAAGUCUGUCAAGGCUGCUAAGGUAGGAUAAAUUAGGUUUGCUAGGCUGCAGACAGGCUGCAUAGAACUAGGCAAUUUAUUCUGAAAGAUGUACAUUCAUCAGUACUGCAACAAUCCUAAAAGAAUAGGGGUGCAGGUAACCUAUUAACACUUCACUCCAAACUAUUUACUAUUGUUGUAUUUUAAACUAAUCAGUGCCUUUGCUGGUUUCUUUUUUGCAGUUUUUCUGGCAAUUAUCUUGAUUGUAUGUCCAGCAGUUGUAUUCUGUUAUUUCCUGAUUAUUUUUAAACAUAAGUUACAAAUUAUUGGUACUUUGUAGCUGCAAAAAUAAACUGCCCCUAAUUGGAAAAGAUGUGAGAACUCAACUGGGCACUAACUGGAUACCAAGAGCUGGGAUGUUGCUGAAUUGUUUAGGAAGAAAUAGAACCAGGAGGGACAACUGUAUUCCAACAGCUUUUAGGAAAUAUGAAGAUAUUAGUUUAGAAUCAAAUCGGAUCAGAAGAUCUAUGGUCAAUAAUAUCAUUGUAUGUCUGUGAUCUUUUGAGUUCUUUAUUUAUUCCUAUGUUGUUUACAAUAAAACUAAUAGACGCCUCUGGGGGUGGGGACUUAGAAAAGUACUUUAUUUCUAUUGUGUCUGCACCAGCAGCUCUUUCGUUGGUUUUUUUGGGGUGUGCAUUUGCUGGAAUAUACAUAUGAUGAUGAGGACUUGGAUUUUUAUAAGGGGAAAAAAGGACAAUUCUUGCUCGUACUGAUAAACUUACACUGAUAUUUGAAAAAAGGAGAGUUUAUUUUUCAGGCACACGUUGCUAUGCAUACUUAUAAGUAAUGGUUAAGCAAUGUGCCAUUUGAUUCCCUUCCCCACUUGCAAGAUUCCAAAAUUACAAAGUUUUCACAUUUAUAAGGCUGUAUAAUACACUGGAUUGAUGCAAUUUAUAUACUUUUAAUUAUUAUUUUAACAGUAUCAUAUAUAAUAAUAUUUCAUUUUCAGUUGAUCUAUUUGAAUUCAUUAAAUUUCUUUGAACCUGCUAAUCAUUAUAAAGUUAAUGCUCAAUUUAUAACUCUGUAUAAACUCAGUGCUGGGUUCCAUAUACUGUAGUUUUCUUGCUUUUUCAAUAUUGUUAGUUUUAUAAUCCAAAUUUUCCUUAUCAUUCUAUUUACUCAGGCCACACAUUAUAAUAUACAAUGCUGCUUCUUGAUAGAAGGUGGCAUAUUUUACAUAAUUCAGUAAGCAGAGUAAAGGGUCUGUCGAUGUGUCAUUUGAAAGCUGGCCAUGUUCCUUACAAGUAUGUUCAGAUGUUAGUACCUUUUUAAAGCACUGCUGACCACUGCUACUUGCUCUUUAUGUGUGGCAAGAUCAGGAAUGAGCCUUGAGCUCUUCCUUUCUGCUCUUACCUCUGGUCAGGGAAGUGAAUGCAAUUAUUUGCAAGCUCUCCUGACCCUAGAUAUGGAACCUGUUUCUGCUUUAGCAUCCAUAGUCUUGCUUAGAUAAAUGGAGUCUCUUUGUUGGCACUUCUGCACCUGUGGGAGGAAGAACAGGCCCAUGGCCCAUUCCUAACAGUGCUGAGAAGAGGGAAGAGAGAAGAGAGAAAAGGGAAGAAAUAUCCAAAUAGCUGUUCAGCUGUGAUACAGGUUUCCCAAUUUCAACCUGCUGCAAAAAAGCAUUUUCAUACUCAUGCAAGUGCAUUGAGACCAGCGUGUGUACAAUAACUGCAUGAAUAAGAUCUUCUGCUCCCUGCUCUGUUUUUAACCCCAAAUAGUGUGUCUGGAACUGCCACAAUAAAGAUGUGGCAUUCUGUUCCCAGAAGCCUUAUCUAAACUCCAUAGAUUGGAUGCAGACAGAGGUAGAUAACAAGGUGUGAUACAGGACAAGGACAUGUUGGAAGAGGGAUAGUUGAUUUUAACAUUGUCUUUUUACAUUGUUGGAGCCUGCAUAGGUUUGUGGGAACAAUUUAUAACCUUUAUGGUAAAGGACGGGUAAGAAAUAAUAAUAGUAUUGACUAGCAGACAUGCUGAAAGGUUGAGGCUGUGAUGAUCCAGGGGGGGAUUUGUAAAGGAAUGUUUUGAAUAGAGAUUUUAGAAAAAGCAUCAUGUAAAAAAAGGCAAAAUGGGAUUAUUAGAUAAUGUAAUCAUGAUAACUUUUUUUCUUCCUCUUCCUCACCUCCAUACUGCCCUGCUCCAAAUUCCUCACAAAUCAGUUCUGGAAAAUCUGUCCUAUAGAGCAUCUCUUAACUCGCCUUGAGAUUGAUUCACGGCCUGUGUCCCGGCGCAUAGUAAAUCUCCUGUUCAGCUCUUUCAUGCCCAUCGAUCAACCAGAAGAAGUGUGGUGUGAGCGCUGUGUCACACUAAUCCAAAUGAACCCUGCAGCGGCUAGAAAGUUCUACCAGUAUGCUUAUGAGUACACCAGCCCAACCAACAUAGGUAAAGUUCUGGAGAGCUAAUGGCUUGGUUUAUAAUAAAGAAUCUAUGAGCAAAAGUAUUGUGUAGUAGCUCUUACUGUAAAUGCUCGUAGACCAGUAGCUGCUUCUGAAAAUUCUGUGCCAAAUUAUAAAUGCCGGGAAGGGGAAGAGAGAGAGAGAGAGACCUAUAUGGGGUUUUUAUUCUUAUUGCUACCUUUUAUAUGCAUGCAUUAUGUAUCUACUUGGCUUAUUUAUUUUUAAAUGGAGAUCGUACUUAACUCCCUCCUCAGUGCAUAGCCAUUGAGUGAUACAGGGUGUUAACUUCAGCCACAUUUAAAUAAUUUAUUUUUAUUUUAUAUUAAAAUAUAUAGCCAUGAAGAUGCUCAAGGCCAUUUACAAAUCAAUUAAAAACACUAGCAAGAAAUAGAAUGAAUAAAAUAUUAAGCUCUAAGCAGCACCGUGUUUUAUCAUUAAACUGUUUUUAUUUUUAUAUUUUGUUUACAUUGAAGACUUUAAAUGUUUAAAUUUACUCUUUUUUUGAAUGUAAGUAAUGAUUCGGUUGACUGCUUUGCUGCCCACUACUUUAAAUUGUUCCUGUUUCACACUAUCUUUCACAAUUGCACACUUUGUUCUUUAAUUUUAGCUAAAUUGAUGCUUACCAUUCAGAGCUGUUUGAACGCCUGUAUCCGGCAGGGAUUAAAAGCAUCUGACAGCGAUGAUGAAGACAGUGAGAAAGAGAACAUGAGUGUAAGAAUGCAACACAAAGUUUCUAAGAUAAAAAUGCUAAUUAGGAGAAUAAGAAGUGGUCUAUGUACUUGGCUCAGUAUUGUCUACAAUGACCAGUAGUGGCUUUCCAUGGUUUCAGACAGCAUGUUCCCAGCCAGGAAUUGUACUCGGGACCUGAGCCUUUCUUCUGUCUUGCUCUUUGGGGCAAAAUAUAGAGGACAACUGUUCACUGUUUCACCUACCAAGAGUGUUCUUUGGUGCUUGUUGUGGGAUGUGAUGUUCCCCAGUUGCAGUACAGCUGCUAAACCAAGGUUUGGCUUAGUGUGUUGUCCAAACCUAGAAGACUGGUUAGUAGGACAGACCAGAAAGGAGCAAAGCAGCUGCAAGUUCCUAUCUAGGAGCCAGCACACUCUGUCCUAGUAGGCUAUGUUAGCUUUACUGUGGAACUAGGCCUGUGUGAGGUGUGUUUACUCUGUACCAUAUUGAUUAUUACUGGGAUUGUCAGCACCUGAACCAGAUUUAAACUAUAAUUUCGUUCUAGCAGCUAAAUUUCUGGCAGCUAAAUUGCUAACCCAUAAACAGCUACAAUGUUUGUAUAUUCAUCUAGGCCAGUGGUGGCCAAACUUGGCCCUCCAGAUGUCUUGGGACUACAACUCCUAUCACCCCUAGCUAACAACCAGUGGUCAGGGAUGAUGGGAAUUGUAGUCCCAAAACAUCUGGAGGGCUGAGUUUGGCCACCACUGGUCUAGGCAUUUUCUAAAGUAAAAAAUAAAUUCAUAAGAAGUAUUACUUGGGGCUGGGAGCUGCCCAGAGUGGCUGGGGAAACCCAGCCAAAUGGACGGGGUAUAAAUUAUAUUAUUAUUAUUAUUUAUUUUUAUUUUUAUUAAUAUUAUUAUUACUGUGUUUUCUUUAGGCUUUCUUUUGCAGUCUCUGGAAAGGCUUGCUUUGAAAUGCUGGUUUCCCUUGCUCUACCUGCCCCCGCAUUCCUUUUUCAGGGUCCUCAUCUUGUUUCUGUAUCUCUAGCUUCUAUCAAUGCCUACCAGCCCUGAUGCCUAUGUUCCCCUACCACUGUUGGUGGCAGUAUGCAUCUGAAUGUCAGUCGCUGGGGAUCACAAAUUUGGAGAGAACUGUUACUCUCAGGUCUUGCUUUUGGUAUUCCCAUAUGCAUCUGGUUGGCCAUUGUGAGAACAGAAAGCUGAACUAGAUAGGCCAUUGGCAGGAUCCAAUGGGUUCUUCUUAUGUUCUGUGUUGCGUUUGGGAAUUCUAAAGCAAUAAAAUCUAGAUUCUAGGAUGUUAGUUUUCAAUGGGUAUUAUUACAUGAUCUAAGAAAAAAACAGUUAAUGUUCAUUUCCCCCUUGAUUCCUGGAACACUGGCCCUCUCAGAUAAUAGCAAACUUCUAAAAUUGCUUUCUUUCUAAAAUUCCUGACAGCAUCCGUUGUAUUAUCAUACACAUGAGUUCAAGAAGGCCCAUUCCAUUUUUUUAAAGCCUAUAAGCCUAAUUUGAGAUGCACUGUGCAAGAGAAAUUGCAUAAUAAUCCUCACUUGUUUACAUUUCAGGUGCCACAUAAUGUGUUGUCAGUUGAUGACAUACCUUCCAUGGCAGGCUUACUUGAAAUAAUUGUAAUUCUGUGGAGAAGCAUUCAAAAACCACUUAAUCACAACGAAGGAGCCAAAAACCAUAUUGUCCGAAAAUUUGCUUCUGUGCUAUCUGAAUAUUUAAAAGUAUUUAAGGUAAGUUCUCCUGUGAGGUACACUUAAAAUUCCUAUAGAUGUAUUAGAUGCAAAGGUUUCAUUCUGUUGGUGGAAAGGGUACAAUUGCAAACAGAACAGCCCCCUUGAACUCCAACUCACAGUAAUACUUACCUCACAAGCUUUAUUCUGUGGCCCCUUGUCCCUCACCAGGUAUAGGGGAAAGAAUGCAAAGGUAUUAAAAACAGAAAGAAGGAACUUGCUUGGGUUUUUGUGUAGAGGGAAUACAGUAGGAAUAAGAGAAUUCUGUGAAGUACAAGACAAUCAGUUCAUCAUCAUCGUAAUAAUUAUUAUUACUAUUAUGAAUUACAUUUGUAUACCACCCUUCAUCCAGGGAUCCUAGGGUGGUUCAUAACAGAUCAUUAGAUUGAAGAACUGCAGUACAUGCAUCCAACAUCCUGUAGAUAAGAGAAAGGGUUAGAAGUUUUGCAGAUGUGUUGUUAUUGGUCUGCCUCUGUAUUUGCUCUAACUUUAAGACAUUAAAUCAUAACGUUGCUGUAACUUUAAAUGCAUGGAUGCUCUUUCCAUAUAUAUAUAUAUAUGUGUGUGUGUGUGUAUAUAUAUAUAUAUAUAUAUAUAUAUAUAUAUAUUCAUAUGGAAUGUUUGUCAUUCAUAGAUCUCAAUGAUCAGAGAUUCUUUUUAUUCAGCGCUGUUCAAAACUGUAAAAAAUGCACUGGGAAGUACAACAGUAAACAUAUGCAAGCCAAGUGUACGUAAGAUCUAACAGUAUUGCUAGUCUAUAUUUGUAGCACAGUCUAGGCAGACCAAACUUGUGGCAAUCAAGUAUACAAGAUGUAUCAAUAUGAAUCAGACUUAAUAAUUCUUGACCUGACUUUUUGAGAAUCUUAAUGAAUAAGGAACUUGCUGUGAAAAUGGAGGGGCACCAUUUGGUUCUCUUUGUAAGUGGCCUUGUUUACCAAAUGUUUAGAAAUUCCUUAUUAGACUGUUCUUUGUUUCAACCUAGGAUGAUCGUUGUGUGUCACCAAUAAUUGUCCUUGCAUCUUUCAUGACUCCUGCUGCUAUUCCUACAUUCAGGUAUUUAUGUAUUUACUUAUAGUUCCAAAUGUGGAUAGAAACUUUUCCUGUCAACUGUGUGCCAUGCAGAUUUGAUUCUAGUAAGGAUAUUUCGAUCCAUAGGCAUGUUGAAAAGUUGUGUAGGCUUUUGAGGUAACUUUAUGUACUUAAAUGGCUAACGUGCCGUGUUUGCAUUUGUUUCUAGUUGUGGUGUGGUCUCUAAACUGAAGAAUCUGGAAAAUGGUGCCACUGAAAACAAUUACUCUUCCCUUCUUGACUGUCUGUGUCGUUGGGGGAAAGUGGGACACAUUCUUGAAUUAAUCUGUGAUUGGAUAACUGCUGAACCAGUUGGAAGAGAGGUGUGUUAAAAGUCUGGCUUUGAAACUUGGCAGAGCAAAGAGUAUAUUGUUAAUGUAAUGUUUGAAAUACUGUACUGUGUCAAAAAAGAAAAUAAUAAAAAUUAUACUUAAAAAAAAGUUGGGCUUUGAAUCGUUGCCUUAUGCGCCUUUUGUAGAUGGAUCGUUGCUUUAGUUAACAUUUUAAAAUGAUAUCUUUCUACUGUUUAAAUAUAAAGGAGCUCUUUUCUCUUUGUAUUUAGAGUAAUGGCACUUCUGAACGGCGAGUACGUAUCCAGGAGACACAUGAGUCGAAACCAGAAUUGGCGCUUGAUUAUAUGGAGUAUUUGCUGACUCAUUACAUGAAUCGGGAAUGUCUCCUGUCACUCCCCAAAGAGAAGCUGGACCAUCUUUUGAAAGCUCUUGAAGCUGCAAAGGUUAGAUUUCACUCUUCCACAGUAUUGUAUGGCAAUCUGAAUUAAUGCCAGCAAGUAACAUAUAAGGUUUUCUGCUGUUAUCUGCCUUGUGGAUAUCUUUCUCUGCUCCAUAAUCAUCCAGUAAACCUUUGAAGCAACUUAUUCCAACAAAAUGUAGCUUUCAUAUGUUGCCUAAGAGUUUAUCUUUUAUUGUGGGUCAAAUUGAUGUAAAAAUCUUCAUCUCUGUUCAGAAUGCAUACAUAGUGUUAUCAGGCUAUGUCAGUUCAGAUUAGCAUUGCUUGAUAAUAUUGGCCAAAGAUUCCCAAAAGAUAAAUGAUAUAUGAUAAUUGUACUUCUGUUAUUCUAUAUUUGCUCCAACCUGGAACCUUUGCAUUUGCAAGGAGCAGCAGGAUUGUGCAGAUUACUUAAUACAGCAACUACCAUGAGAAAGACCUUGACUACAGUGAUGUGUCUGUAUUUCCUCACAGGCACAAGCCUUUUUUGUCUCUUAUUGUGCAAGCUCUGUAAUAAAAUGGAACAGUUUGAACAGGAUGAUGCAAUGCAUGCUAAUAUAUGCUUGCUGGAGUGACACUUAAACUAGGUUAAAGUAGGCAAUGUGGCAAUAUGCCAGAUGGGCGAUACUGGCUGUUUACUUCAGGUGUAUGGAUUAACAUUUUAUUUGAGGGUGAGCAUACAGUGCAUCAUCAGAAUUGGGUAGCUAGGUUGCCUAGUGUAAUUUUCUCAAUAGAAUGAACAAUUAGCCUCUUUUGUAUUGGUUUAUGGUUCAUGUUGUCAGUUCUGGGGAUCGUUCUAGCUUCACACUAUUUUGCUUAUGUGUGUGAUGGCCAGGAAUGUAACCCCCACAUAAGAUGUGAAUUACCUGUACUCGUAAAUAGCCUCCACUCCUCAAAAUCUCUUGUUUUCUUCCUAAGUAUGAAUUUUACAUUUCAGGAUGUUCUAGGCUCUUCUAGUAGAGGAUCUGAUGCAAGGCCUCCCUUUUACCCUGCAACUGCACUGAGAGCCUUCAGUCUGUAUUGCAGAUUAAAUAUACAUCUUCAAUAUAAGGUACUGUCAUGUCAAGAGUUGCUCUGCGUUUGAGCAGCAAUAGCUCUCAGAAUCUGAAUAUAUUAUAUCACAUAUUUGUGUGCUUCUGUUUUCAUCUUAACAGUUUGCCUCUGAAGGGCAGGAGUACCUGUCAGCUUUGGAGAAAGCAGGAGCUUGGAUAGAAAGUAGCAUUCUGCCUGCUUUUGAAAUAGAUGAACAGGAAGGCAACAUAGAGCAGCCCAGUGAAACCUCUCAGCUGGUGGUUCAGGUAAAAUGUAUGUGCAUGUUGUGGGGUUUUUCUCAUGUAUUUUGAAUUAGUGCAGUACCUCACACUGGCUCAAUUCAGACCUCACACCAGAGAAACACAGAUGCAAUCCAUAAUUUAGACCUGCUUGUGCUCACCUAUGGUUUGAUCACCUAUGGUUUCCUUUUACUUUAUUAUAUUUUUAUCUCACUCUUCCAAGAUACUCACAGUUGCUUCACUUACUCUUCUCUUCCUUAGCUCUGUGCUCUUGUUUAUGUGGCGCAACAGCCUUAAGAGGUAGACUAACUGCCAUGCCUAUGGUUUGUCAAUUUGUACAGAAACUUGUUCAAACCAUGGCCUUAGACUGAUUUGCUGACUGGCUUUCAGACCAUGAGAUGUCAGAUCAGAUGCCAUGAUAAAUCGUAGCUAAGCUUCCUUAACUGUGGUUUGAUGUUGGAUAUCGAUUGCAGGAUCAUUUUGUCGUUCUUUUUUGGUUUUUACAAGGGUGAGUUCCUCAAGAGUUGUGCUAGUAACAGCCCGUGGAACAAAGGACUGUACAGUAGAUGCUAAAUCCUUCAAAGCACUCUUCUGCUAUUUACUUAGGAAAUGCGUGAUAAAACAUGAGUCUGGCUUCUUAAAAAACAUGUAAUUUUAAUAUUAGCUAAUGGGAUGGAUAAAUAAACUCCCUAUGUCUAUAAAAUAACUGCCCUCCAGUUAUUCUGCUUGAAGGGUAGCACUGUAAAGUUUGUUUAUUCACCUAUAAAAGUUGAUCCAAUAGCAAGAGCCUAUUAACUCUUCUUUUGGAUUAAAACUGUCAAAAAUGAGCUGACAUUAGGGAAUACUGGAUUUUUUAAAAAAUGACAAAAAUGUUUAAACAGAAAUUUUAAAAAUUAAACUUUGUAUUUCCUAGCUUGGUAACAACUUGUCAUCCAUUUCCUAAUCUCAAGCAUGCUUUAAUCUCAAUAGAAGCUUAAUAACUGCAUCUAAAUAUUAAGUACUGGUCAUGCACAAAAAUCUUAAUAUAUUUCAACUUUUCAUAUGUAGAAUUACCUGACAGUUUGCAAAGAUGUUAUAGCUGUUGGCCUUGGUGAUUCAGAAUUUCAAGCACACCUUUUGAACUUGACCAUUGUCAUCAUACACACAGGUAUGUUUCUGGCUAAUUAACACUGCCUUUUAUUUUGUGUGGUUAAGAUUGUUUGGCCCAUAAGCCUUUAAAACAUGACAAGGAUUCCACAUUUCCAAAAUUAAAAUUUGUGAAACUCUGUACUUUAAACGUUGUGUAGGCACAUUCAUACACAGACACACACACCAAUAUGCAAGGUAAACAUACAAAGUAGAUCCCAGAGAAGAGAAAAUUAGCAACAUUGGAAAAAGCAUAUAUUGUGUAAUAAAAUACAUAUUUAUAAGGGUUGCAUCCGAUGCCAUCUGUGGGCAAGUAGAACUUUACCUUCCUCUCCUCUUCCAUGCAACCCUCACAAUCUUCUUUGGGGUGCUGCAAGAGGAAGGAGAGAAGUCCAAUUCAUAUAGUGGGGCUUCACAUCAUGAAGUUUGCUUGUACAAUACUGGAUUCUGUCCAAAUGGUAUAAAUUGUAGUAAGCUAAUGACAAUGUUGAUACAAGUAGGUUUCUGUAUGCAGUAAUAACAAAUAAGUUAUAUAAUGACUGUGCAAUUCAGCUGUUGAUACUAAAAUGAAUUUUAUAAAUGCUGUUAGUUCUAGAAAGUACUAGUUCCAGAGGUGAGCCUGAACUGCAUAUUGUGCAAGCAGUUAGAUAGCAGUGACAUGUCUCUGAUGCAGAGAACAAAGCAAAUCCAGCACAGACACUAAAAUCACAGUUCAAUGAUUACCCUACAGGAUAUACCUAGUAAGAUGUUGCUCUUUUAACUACUUCACCAAAAUACCUCCUUUUCUGAGUGCAUUAAUUGGAUAGUAAAGCCAUAGAGCCAAAACAAUUCCUCUCCUGUAUUAGAAAUGAGGGUCCUUUUUCAGUCUGAAAGCCGCAUUGCCUUCUGGACGGCCUUCCAUGGACCACGGGUCAGUGGUAGGCAGAGCAACAAAUGUCAAUUUUACCUUUGGUACAGUAGGCUAGUUUCUACACCCACUCACAUGCCCCUCUCUAAGCGAGAGCUUUUAUGUGAGUUCAUGGACACUUUUCAGUUGGGCAAAAAUGCUUGGCCAGGCCACUGAGGACAUAUGGCCUAGGGAGACAGAUUCUGAGUGCCAGAGAUGAGGCUUGGAGAGCCACAGUCAUUCUCCCACCCUGAGGCUCCUCGCUUCUGUCCUUUAUGAUGUCCACAGUGUCUAUGCAGCAGCCUCCACUCUGUUGAUGCACAUAAUUGGCAGCUUCACUAUAUGCUCUUCUGAAUAUAUCAUUAAGUUGACACUUGGGCAGCCCUUUGUUUCAGGCUAAGAAAGCCUAUUCUUGAGUAGACUGGCUGCCUUUGUUUCUGGAUGAAUAGGCAUUCUGUGUGCACAUUUGCAAGAAACCAGGUAGGACACAUGGCAUCCAUGGCAUGGGUGGAAAGAGACAUGAUCGGGAUAUAGGUCAAAUCCUGUUUUGCUACCUUGCAGAAAAAGUGUGUGCACAGGGUACUGUAACUUCAUAAAGGAGCUAAACUGGUGAGGAAUGCCUGUAACAUUGAUGUGGUUUAGUGGUUAGAGCGUCUGAGUAGGACCUAGGAAGCCAAGGUUCAAAUACCCACUCAGCCAUAGAAUCGUAGAAUUGUAGAGUUGGAAGGGCCAUCUAGUCCAACCCCUUGCAAUGCAGAAAUUCUGCCCACAGUUGUCCCUGGAUGGGCUCAAACCACCAACCUUCUGGUUAACAGCCAGAUACACUGACUCAUUGUGCCACAGGCUCCCUGGAUACCAUGAAGCUUUCUGGGUGACCUUGGGCCAGUUACUGCCUCUCAGCCUAACAUAGUAUCUCACAGGGUUGUUGUAGGGAUUAAAUGGGAGAAGGGCAGAACCAUGUACCCCACUUUGAGUGCCUUGGAGAAAAAGGUGUGAGAUAUACAUGCAGUAAAUUAAUUAAAUCAAUAAAUAUUGUAAGAUCAUAGGAUCAAUAACCUCCAGGAAUUAAUUGGCCAUUAGACAGACAGACAGACAGUUAUAUGGGGUGGCAUAGCUUAAAAUCUGAAUUCUGAUAGUUAAUUUGGUUUUUCUUUGCUUAGACAGAGGCUAUGUCUGCAUUCCAAUGAUACUUGGUAUCCUGAGAGAGAUGGUUGAAGCUUCUUUAGCCCAUAAUACUGAUAGCAGUGACUGGGAAGAGCUUCUUGACAAUGUUCAGAAGAUGUUCCAGAAGAUUCUAGAAUGUAUGGCACUGAGACUCAGAAGACAGCGUGAAGAAGGAAUCCAGGUAUUUGUUGCAUAUGAAGUUGGCCAGCUUGUUUCUUGCCAAUUGAAUGACUUAUUCUAUCUACAAUUAUUGGGGAGUGAAACCUUUAAGGUGAUGUGAACACUUUUCCGUUUGGCAAUCACGGCUGUAUUGGCCAGGCAUGGCUGUUGCUCACGAAAGAGUAUAGAUACCGUAACUUGGGAGAAUAGCCUCCAAAGAAAUAUAGGGGUAUUGAUUUUUCUCUAUAGCAAGGAGAUGUGUGUCCCUUUGAUGCCUACUUUUAUUCUUAAACCAAAUUUUUAAGAAAGUCAAUGAAAGGCAAGAGGUCAUUGCAAAUAAAAAGAAACAGAGAAACACACCAGUUAAAAGGAAGAAGUAACAGUAUAUAUUUUAUAUAUGCCAACAAUCUGCCCAGACAAGCAAAAUUACUGCUUGAUGAAGGGACAAAGUGGUCAUUAGUUUUCAUAGCAGGCUUUUCAAUAGCUUUCAUAAACAUUAGUGCCAUGAUUUCUCGCCUGUGUCUCUGAUGAAGGGCUUGCCUGAAAUUCAGUGCUGGUACAAGUGUGAAAGGAUGAUGGACUAGCUUAAGUAGUGUCUUCAAGCUUUGCAUGCCACUAUUCCGAAGCUGUUUCCUUAUAGCAACCUUGCCAGAAAUGUGUUACCUCCACUUUGACUGUUACUUGACUCCUAUAUUUCCAUUUCGUAGUGAGGUUGUUUAAUCCCUUUGUCAGCAUUAAUUCUUAGUUUCAGUUUCAUAAGGAUUCAUGACCCUGUUUCUUCUUGAGCCUUUUAACACUCUUUAUAUUGGAAAAAUAAUUCUGCACAGACUAUUGGAACUGGGCUGUUGAUCACGAUUUGGGUUGUUUCUAAGCAGCAAAGAAUUGGAGCACGUUAAUUAAUUUUACUAUUCUAAGAUUUGUGUCAUAGUACCAACAUGGGAAAGUGCAUGUACUUACUUCCAUCCUCCACUUUCUGAAACAAUCUAGUGAUGCUACACUGCUUGCAUGGGCUGGCUGGAACUGGGUGCGAGACUUGUUCCCUCUUCCACAUGAAAGUAGGCAGUUCACCUUCAAUGCUCUUUGUAGACUGCUGUUACUGGGUACAUGUUUUUAAGCUGCUGUGACUUUCAUGAAGAUUUUCUCUGCUCUGAGUUCUGCAGCUAUGCCCAAAUGAUUAAACUCCUGAAAACAGACUCAUAACUCUUGUUCUCUCUGAAAGUGUUAUCCUUGAGAAAUCUAAAUCUGUUUAUUCAAAGGGCUGUUUAUGACUUCUAAAGCCUGACUUCCAAAGCUCAGGCCCAGGACCACAUUCUGCCAUGCAAACCCGAUAGCGUUCUGACACCUUCAGGGGAGGCCCUUCUCUUGAUCCUGCCACCCUUACAGGGAUGUUUGGAAGUGGCUGCUCUCAGACUCUGGAACUCCCAUCCUAGAGAAGCUAGACUGACUCUCUUGUUCUUCUGGCAAGUUCCAACAUUUCCAAGUUCCAAGACUGUUUUAUUCCAACAGGCUUUUAAAUAGUGAUGUGCUUUUUUUACUAUCUGCAUUUUAAUUACAUUUUAACUACUGUAUUACCUUUUGUAUGUUUUUAGUCUUCUGUAUUUUAUUUGUAUUUUAAAUUGUGUACACUGUCUUUUGUGUUCCAGUCUGGGAAAUAUGCGGAUAUAAAUAAACAUAAUUAUAAUAUAAUAUAAAACUAUUUUUUAUUUGUUCUAGUUCAUUCAUUCUGUUCAGGAGCCUCUUCGAGAAUUUGUACAUGUGGUUCAGUGUUGUGCUUUGACUUGUCCAGCUGUUCACCAUGGAGUCCUUUCUUCUCUGCUUGCUGCAACAGUAGUCGAGACAGGCUACACCUUGCAACACAAGGUACAAGGCUUUGUUUUGCUUUCUUUCUAAAAAUGCUCUGUAAGCAUGAAGGGAAAGGGAGGUAUCAAGUGAUCAUGCACAGGUUUAUUAGUGAAUUGGUGCUGAGAUAUAUUUUUUGUACUAACUUGUAUACUCAGUGUAUUUUAUAAAAAGAAUGUCACCAUAAAUCCAAGAUCUUAUUCUUGUGAAUAUAAAUUGCUUGCUGUUGCACUUUUUAUUACAACUAUAAAACUGCAGUUCAUUUUUAUUGUCUAAUAACCUUACCAUAAAUUUAUUAUUGUUGGAGAAACUGGCUUGUCUUCAGUUUUUGGAAGAGUUUAGAUAUAACGACAAAAAUCCAGUGCCAGUUAACAAACUACCUUUCAUUUAUCUUGAAUAAUGCUACUCCCCCCCCCCAUCUUAUAGACAGUUGAUGGUCUAGAGUGGUGACUAAUCUGUGACCCUCCAGAUGUUGUAGCUUGCAUCAGCCAUUAGAGUCAGGAAUUAUGGGAGCUAUAGUCCAAACUAAUGUAGAGUGUACCACAGGGUUAGCUACUGCUACUAUGAAGCAUGCUAGGAGUAUCUGUUUUCCAUGGACUCUGCUUCCUAAGAGCCUUUAAAAUAUGUUCAAGCCCACAUGUGUUCAUUUCCACUCAGAAAAGCUGGAUAGAUUGUUCGGGGAUGAGGGGGACUUCUAACAAGCAUUGAUUCUACCUGAACUGAAAAUGUGAGUUCUGAGUGGCUCUGCCCACCUUGACCAAUACCUAAAACAAGAAGUAUAAAGGUGGCAGCAGCAGUGAUGGGAAGAAAAGGAGAGAGUGGUGUGGAAUACUUUCCAGACUUGCAGCUGCUGUCUGCUGUAAGUGGGGAACCACCACUGGUCUACAUGUCAAAGAUUUUGGCCUCAAGGUUAUUAGAAAUGCUUCAUGUCUCACUAUCAUUCUUAUGGGAAUUGAAAUUCAGCCUGAAGGGUCUCAUGGCAGUAAUCCGUCACGCAAAAUUACAGUGAGCAAAAUGUAGAAUGUUCUGCAAAACUGAAAGGCUAAAGGAAUGCUUGGUCCCUAUUAUUACUUCAAUGCUGUCAGUGACCUUUUGUAAGGUGAGACAUGGGGACCAGUACCUUCCCUCCUGGUUCUUUGCUAACAACCAUGAAAGAAGCAUUUUAAACUGUAUCUUCUGAUUAGCUUUUGCCGUCUGUUGCUCUGUGCUUCCCCCUCAGAAGAAAGAAAUGAGACAUAGGCUGCACCAGAAAUCUUAAAGCUAUCACAGUUAGCUUCUUGGAUGAGGAGCACAGCUGCUGAAUUUCUGUCUUUGUUUCUUAGAAUAAUGUUUUAUUGGGGUUUUUUUGUUUGCAUUUGUUUUUAUUAUACAGACUUACGUUUUCUGUGUUGUGUUUUUGUAUACCACUUAGAUAUUUUUUAGCAGCUCAAAAUUAUCUGAAAUAAAUGUCUUGCCAGACAUAUACUGGGGGGGGGGGAUGGUCAUCCACCUUGCUCUCUUUUGUGCAAGAAAUCCUGACAAUUACCAUUCCCUUUGGUGUGGACCCCAGUCAGGGAGCCCAGCCAGGGUAUAUACCAAGCCUCAGCUCUGCUGUGACAUGUUUACUGGUAUUAGGUCCAGUGUCUCAAGGACCUAUGAAAAACCAAGGCUUUGGGGAAAUAUGCCAAGGGGUGUUCAGGCAGUUUUCAAGCAUACAAAGGACACUACCUAAGCAAAUUAUUUGGGCACCAGUAGAGUGAAGGCUGAUUCUAGAAACAUCACAUCUAGUCCAGCUGUCUGUUCAGAUCUGCACAAUUUGUUUUCAUUUCAUUUUCAUAGAAAUAAUACAUUAUUAUUAGUAGUAGUAUUUUCAUGGAUGAGCUCAGAGUGGCUAAUGAAUUGUAUGGCUUCCAAGUUGCCUCCUAUCUAGGCAGCUUACAGGCCAGAUCUCAGCUCCAUACAAGCUGUCAUGUGAUUUCAUACCGUUCUCCAGGCCCUAGCCUAAAGUCCCCAAGAAAAGGCAGCUUCAUUGUUGUUAAGUUGCAGAUCUGUGAGGACACGAGCCAAAUAAUAAUAAUGUAGCUGCAUUAAUGAUGAGUGCUAGAAAAGCUCUAAAUCAAUUACACACUCCUAUGCAUACUUUUUUCCUCACUUAAUCAUUGUUCAUUCAAAUGUGGAAUUCACUCAACCGAACGGCAAAAGCGUGCUUGGAAGAGUCACACUUUAGUAAGGGCGGUGUCAAGGACACAGAGCUGAAGGACUUGGUAAUGGUACUUUGAAUGAGAUUUUCAAGUGAUAGCUGCCAGUUCAGACCUCAAGCUGGUCAGUGGACACCCCCCCCAUUCCUACCCAAUGAGAGAGCACUAUGCCAUCUGUUCCCCGUUAGUUAUGACCCCUAAAUUUACUAUUAAGCCACUGUCAACCUUCACACUGCUCUAAAUGCCAGCAGGUGCAACAGACCUUUCAGAGCUUAGUGUGCAUUCCCCUAUCAAAGCCACAACAAUUGCUAAUGUAUGGUUUGAGAUAAUGUCAUGUAGCAAGUACUGCUUUUGUCAAGGGGAUGGCAGUUUCCAAAGCCAAUUCUCAUGACCUUUCAUUCACUCAUAAAAUGGAUUGGCUUCCUAAUCCUUAGAAAAACUGCACUUUUGUUAUUAGGUGGUAUUCUGCAUGCACAUGUUCCACUGUAUAAUUUUUUUUUUUCUAAAUAAGAUCUCCAGUACACAUUCUAGGACUACUCAUGGCAAGGGGCUGAGCAAGAAGUGGCUGGCUCUAUGCUUUGCCUCAAUAAUGGUAUCAAGUAACGAGACAAUAGGAGCUGAAUGCUCCUUCCGCCUGUCAGCUUUCCUUUUUUAAAAUCCUAAUUGUAGACAUCUAGUAAUUCUUUUUCUGGCUGUUCCGGUUCUGGUUGAAUAUUACAUAAACUUAAAGUAUCAAAAUUCUUUGCCUGCUGUGUAUUCACUUCCAGUUUGCCUGAAUAGAGUCUCUUUGGGUUUCUUCCACUUUAGGCGUCCACUCCAGAAGAGCUGACUCCACCUAAGUCUUUUUCAGACCUCCCCCCACUAUCAAGUAUUUUGAUGGCAAUAGUGAACAAGUCAGCAAAUGUGGUCAGGUAAGUUCUUUCUAUCCCCACCCUCCCAAAUGUAUGCAGCAAAGCAGAUAGCCCCAUUUCUUCUUGCAUCACUGCUUGUACUCCUGCCUACAUUGCGGAGGAGCAAGUGUACCUUCUUCCCCUGUACCAUGCAGUUGAACCCUUGAGUGUGAUGUGGGCUGCUGAUGGCAGUGCUUUACAUGAGCGUGCGAAAGAGAGAGCUGAUGGGGUAAGUAUGAAUUGGAGCCAAGCUUUAAUUCCUUGUAGAUACAAAGGCAGUUAAUAUCCACUGGCAGAUCUCCAUGUCUUAUCAGCCAACUUUUAUGCUAGGCUUUUUGUUUCUUUCUUCCUUUAUUUUACAAAUUGGUAAGAGCUCCUUCAGACCUAUACUUUAUACUGGCAGCCUGAAUGCAUUUAGUUAUACUUUCUUUUUUAUUGGAACCUUAAUUUAGCACUAGUAUGUUGAAGACUAGUUUUACCACUCUUCAAACAUAAUACAAACAGAGCUAUUUUAGGCCUGCAAUGUUGAUCCACCCUACAUUUAAAAAAAAUAAUUAAAAAAAUCCAGGAAAAUGGGUUCUACUUUAAAUAUACAUAUUUGGUCAUCACUACUCGGAAUACAUGCAGUUGCCCACAUCAAAAUGCACCGUAGAUUGCCACUAUGGGGCCCCCAACCCCAGGCAAUUGGACUGUGUUCCUUGGCUUAGUUUGACAGCUGUAUCAGAGAGAGGAAAGAAGACCCCACCUCCUUAGAACUCUCCUCCCCCACAUGGUGGUCUCUGCCUUGGCAGUAAGUGACAAGCUGUUCUCCAGUCAGUGCCUUUAUCUUGAAGCAAGCUACUGUUAUUCCCACUCCACCCCAUCCCGGGCUUUAAGCUAUCUAGUUGAAGCCUAUUCUACUAUGCAUUUCCUUGAACAAAAUGGAUGAACAAAGACUCUUCCAAGCUGCUUCAGUUUCUCAAGUACUGUAUAUGUAUUGGAGCAGAAUGACGGACAGUCAGUUUUAAGACUACUCACCAAAGAAAUUUGCAAAAAUUAAGGUUCUCCCUCUAAAAUGACAUGCCCUAGUCUGUUAUACUUGAUUUAACCUGGAAAUCUAUUUACUAAGAACCUGUUUAAUUAUUCAUGUACUUACUUCUAUUCAUAUACUGUACUUAUUUCUGUAUUUGACAACAUUAAUCUAAAAAACACAGUUUUAGAGCUCAUAUUGAACUGUUCAGUUUCCAGGGAUCAGGAACUUGUUGCAUUUGAAACUACCAUUUUUGCCACAUACAGUCCUUGAAUCUAAAAUCAAUCUAUCUUGUAACCAUUGCUGCUGAAACCAUACUUUGUCAUCAGUUUAGCUUGGGGUUGAAAUGCACUUCCUUUCUCAUGAGAACUAUUUCCUAGUAAGAAAAGUGUGAGUGUGUAUUGGGUGGCAGUGGUGCGUUACUCCUAGAAGACUGAAUAUUUUGCCAUUUUCACUUUCAAAUGCAACAUGAGAAGCUGAAUAUGAUUGUACUUGGUUUCCCUCACCAGAUAGGGUGUAGUUCACAGGCAGUUUUGUAUAAGACGCGAGUUGCUGAAUUAUACAAAGGAUGUUGUCAUCUUUACUUAUGUUUACAUCACAGUGGGUUACAUCUAGAAGGAUUUUCCCUCUAACUAUAUGUAUGACUAUUUAGUUCUACUAGGUUGGUGACUUUGUUUCUAAAUGCUUGUGCAUUUUAAGAAAAUUGUCAGGAAUUGUACAUUUGGUAGCAGUGGGAGAGCUCAGUAGGUAGAGCAUGAGACUCUUAAUCUCAGAGUCGAGAGUUCACGUUGGGCAAAAAGAUCCCUGCACUGCAGGGGGUUGGACUAGUCGAUCCUCAUGGCCCCUUCCAACUCGAGAAUUCUAUUAUUGUAAUGCUAAGAAUGGAGAUGCGGUGUUUUGUCCUAUUUGCCCACCUCCUCACCCAGAUACACUGGAACGGAGGGAGUUAACUUGGAAAGGGAUUAGGGCUAUGGUCCGCCUAGAGAGGCUGCAGUGGAAAGUUUGAGGUAGGAGGGAGGGGAAAAAACUGGGCUGAAGGUGGAGAAAGGAAGUAGCUGUUCUGAGGUUCCUGGGGAGGGCGAAGUGACAGCAUUGGAUUUGGUAACAGUACCUUGAAGUUUUUAAGAGUUUUGCACAGGAUCUUAAACCUAAGAACUCUGAAAGCUAUUGUUUUUCCCCCUCUUUACUUGUAUAUUUAAUGCAUAUUCCGUUCAUUCUUAGAUCUUUUCUAAAGGAGUUAACAGAGUCCAUUGAGUCUGAAGAAAUUGAAGGGAUUGUCAGCAUUGCAGCAACUGUGUACAUUGUUGCUUUAAUUAAAGGUGAGUAAAAACAAAACUUUGAAAUCACUGAAAGCUGCACAAGUUUAAUUCCGAUUUUUGGACUCCCGAAUUGCUUUUGACAACCCCUCAUCAAAGACUUUAGAAUAAGCUUGCUAGUUAAAGCUUUCUAGUAAAAGAUCAAGAAGCAGGCAUUGGAAGUAAACUGGUUCACCUAAGAGAGGGAGAUAAGUAUGACUCUCCUAAGGAUCUGUAUAGGGACCAAGGCCACUUAACUUGUUAAAAAUGAUUUGAAGUUGAGAGAGCAGGGAAGUAACCAAGUUUGCAGAUGAUGUCAAAUUAUCCGAGAUGUUGGAAAUACAAGCAGACUGUGAAAUGGUACAAGGGAAUCUCUGCAAGCUAGCUUGAAUAGGUGUUAAAAUGGAGAAUGAGGUUUAACAACUGUAAAUGUUGAGUGAUUCAUAUUGGGGUAAAAAUCCUAACUGUGACUAACCAGAAGAGAGAGCUCGAGGUCAUAGAUAGCUGAAUGAAAGCAUGAACUCUGAGUGUGUUGCGGGGGGAGGGUAGUUAAAGGGCCAAUUCUGUGCUAGAAAUUAUUGGAGAAGGGGUAAAAAACCAAAUUGCUAGCAUUUUCCCGAAUAGGUUUCUUUUGGGCGGCAAAGAUCUAACACUUACUGAAAACUUCAGAUUCUGUAUAAAUGCAAAUACCUUGUAGUAUUUAUUUUUCACAAAAUGCUAUUUGAUUUCCAGAACAAAUUAUUGCCUCUGUUCAAAAAGGCAAUUGAAUUCAUGGCUAGCUUGAAAGGAUUCUUUUAGUGCAGCCAUGAUUAGUGGAUUUACUUUUACACCUUAGGGGAAUGUUUCUGUUCCCUUUUCUGUUCUACCUAUUUCUGUUUCUCAGUAAGGCUCACUAGUUUUCAUAAUCAUGUUUUUCAGCAGGUAAGCAUAGGCCAUCAUACAUAAAGGAUAUAGCAUCUGCCCUUCAGAGGAAGUUAACAUCAUACAGCGAGAUUAUCGAGGAAGAUGGUAGCAGCAUGGAAAGGUAAACCUUUGGUGGAAUGUUUACGUUCUGCAAUGUAGAAAAGAUAUAUACUAGUGCUGGUGUGUAAUGCAUUCUUUUAUUUGCAAAAAUAUUGAUAUACCACUAUUCAUUAAAAAUAUCAGAACACCUGCAAUAAUAGUACAUAAAACCAUAUGAAGCAGUCUGGUCUUAAGCAGUUUAGAUUUUAUCUUCUCAUUGGCCUUAUGUAUCAUGAUAGAAUUGCAAAGUUAGAAGGGACCACGAGGGUCAUCUAGUCCAGCCCUCUGCAUUGCACGAAUCGUUUUGCACAAUGUGGGGCUUGAACAGAUAACCCUAAGAUUCACAAUCUCGUGCUCUCCCGACUGAGCUAUCUUGUUGAGUAAUAAGUUAUUUGAGGCCCACACGGAGCAUGGAAAGAAAGAAAGAAAUGCAUUUCAGUUUUUUCUUGCAAUUUUAAAGGGGUUUUUUUUGUUUAGUUUUUGAACAACACAUGCAGCUAUAUGUUAGCAGCAAAGCUUCUGCUUUUCUCCAUACUUCAUGUAUAUUGAACUUAUUAGGUCAUGCAAGAUGAGAUCAAAUACAAUAGAAGGCAUCAGUGGUUUUUGAUUCAGUGAUCAGUAUGUUAUUUAAUUCUUUAAAAGAUUCCAGCUAAUGCCAUUUGCAAAUGGAUACUCUUAGCCACGUCUCUCCGUGUUAAUAAACAAACAAUGUUCUUAAUACUUGGAGCUAGCUAAUAAAGACUUUGAGUACUUUACCCCCAGGAUCUUUCUCAUUGUGAGAAUGCAUCAAAUUUCUAAAAUCUUAGGAAUCCAUCAAAGGUAACAUGGCUUGUUUCCGUUAGCAUCUUGUGCAGGUUUCUUUCUUAAUACAGUGUACACAACAGUGUGGAAUGGGGAUAUGAGACGGAGUACUUUUGUUUGAAGCUCAAUGCUCUCCCAAUAAGCUCUUCGGUACAAGAAACCUUAUACGUAGCUGCAUAGGAAGAUCACCAGGAUGGGGCCUUGACUAGGAGAUAUAAAUCUAAUCAGUACAAAACCCAGUUCAUAGUGCUGUGAAGCAAUUAAUUUUAAUCUGACAUCCAUACUUUUGCAUAAGAGUAUCAGAAAUGUCAUAGUAAGCAGAUGUUUUAGUUAAUGGAAAACUCUUCAUUUGCCAGUCAUUUGUGUAACUUACACAGCUGCUCCCUGCUCUUGUUUUCAGAACCCUCUAUGAAACGGCUCUGCGUGUUUUGGAUGAAAUAUUAAGUCCUUGA